UUUCUCCACUAGAAGGUGGCGGUGACCAAAAAUAUUCUCUCACCCGAAUAUAAAGACAGUGUAAAGUGGAGGAGCAGAGCGACGGAUGGAAUUCCGCUUUCUUUCCACCCAAACCAAAAUGUUCGAGGCAAAAUUCCAGAUUAUUCUUUUGGCAUUUGACCCAAACAGCAUGGCUUUAUUAUGAACUGGCCCCCAUUCAACGCAAAACGUCUGUUUCUCACCAAUAUUUUUUGUUUCAACUCUCACAGCGCUAAGCACUCUCGUCUUUGUAAGCUCCUCGUUCCCUCCUCACUGGGUCUUGCGUUUACAGAAAGCGCCAUUGCUGCAAACGCAAUGAACUUCUUCUUUGAAGGCCUAAGGGUAAAGGGGAAGCUGUUGAUUUGACAGGUUUAGGGGAAGCUGUUGUGAUACAAAAACUUGGGUUGUUGAAUUGGCAUUUUGGGGUUGAAGAAUAGAGGGUUGAUCAAAAUGCCGAGAAAGAGUAAAAGAAGAAAGGAAGAAAUUUGUGAAGAUUAUUGCUUUCGAUGCAAAGAUGGAGGAGCUGUGAGGAUAUGUGAUUAUAAGGACUGUCUAAAAGUUUAUCAUCCUCAGUGUGUCGAAAAAGAUGACUCGUUUUUGAAGAGCAAAGAUCGCUGGACUUGCAACCGCCAUUCUUGCUUCAUAUGCCAAAGAAUUCCCAAGUUUUAUUGCUUUUGCUGCCCGCAAGCUGUGUGCGGGCGUUGCCUCUGUGAUGCUGAGUUUGCUGUAGUUAAGGGGAGUGAAGGAUUUUGCAAUCAUUGUUUGAAGCUUGCAAUAAUGAUAGAAGAAAAUGUGGAUGUGGAUUCUGAUGGGGGGAGAGUUGAUUUCAAAGAAAGAAAUACGUUUGAGUUCCUAUUCAUGGAAUAUUGGGAAAUAAUAAAAGAGAAACAUGGCUUAUCUUCAGAGCAGGUUUACUCCGCAAAAGACUUAUUGAAGAAUGGUGAGAACCAUACACAUGACUCUGACUUCGAUUUAAACGAAAUUUCUCAAGAAGAAGAAAGUUUUACUGAAUCUGAUGAAGAAAGUGAUGACGACAAUUGGAAAGGUAGAGAAGAAUACGUGCCAGUUGGCAAAAAGAAGAGAUCCAAGGGAAACCAGUGUGCAAUGAAAAGGAAAGCAAAAGCAACGAAAAUAGAGUUUAGAGGAUGGGGGUCAAAAUCUCUCUUAGAAUUCCUCAUUUCCAUCGGGAAAGAUACAACCAAGGAGUUAUCGCAGAAUGAAGUUACCACUAUAGUUUCAAACUACUGUAAAGAACACAACCUUUUUCACCCACAGAAAAAGAAGAUGGUAAUGUGUGAUCCAAUGCUGCAGUCUCUUUUGGGAAAGAAAUCUAUCAAUAUAAAUAGGUUAUAUAACCUUCUGGAUGCCCAUUUUGCUGAGAAUCUUGACUUAACCGAGGAGGAUGAGACUGGCAGUAGUUCUGAAGACAAUGAUAAGAAUCUUAUGGUGACUUGUAAUAGGCAGCCCAAGUUGGUCUCAGAUAGACAACCUCAAAAGACAAAUGUAGUUCCGGGUGUGCGGAAAACCUGUUUUGCUUCCAUAGUUGCUGAAAACAUUAAGCUUGUGUACCUGAAGAGGAGUUUGGUGGAGGAAUUGUUAAAGCAACCUGAGACUUUUGAUGAAAAAGUAGUAGGAAGUUUUGUGAGAGUCAAAUCUGACCCAAAUGAUUAUUCACAGAAAAAUUCUUACCAGCUCUUGCAAGUCAAAGGCACACGGAAAACUUCGAGCAAUGGUGAAAUGAAUACAGAAAUUUUCAUGCAACUUGUCAAUAUGCCAAAAGAUGUACAGGUCUGCGAGCUGUCAAAUGAUGACUUCUGUGAGGAAGAGUGUAAAGAUUUGCAUCAGAGAGUGAAAGAAGGAAAGCUUAAGAGGCCCACUGUUGUGGAGCUUGAACAGAAGGCUAGAUGUCUGCACAAGGAUAUAAUGGAGCGUUGGAUUGCUAGAGAGCUGUCUCUGUUGCAAAAGCGCAUUGACCAGGCAAAUGAAAAAGGAUGGAGGAGAGAGCUUGAGCAAUACUUGGAUAAGAAGCUGCUUCUUGAGAAACCAUCAGAACAAUUCCGAUUAAUAAAUGAGGUUCCAGAAGUAAUUGCAGAUGUAGAAAAACUUGAACCUACUCCUGAGAACUCUCUAAGCCAGGAUCAAACAGAACAUGAUGGAUCACCUGAAUCAGCCCCCAGAGCCAGAUGGUCUUCUCAAACUCCCAGAACUGGUCUAGCCAACAGAACUGUCUACUACGAAAAGGGCGGAACAGAUCCAUCAGAAAAAUUUAAACCUACUCCUGAGAGCUCUCCAAGGAAGGACAAACAAGAAUGUGAUGGCUUUCCUGAUUCAGCCUUCAAAGGGUCCUGUCCAACUCCAAACACUAAUUUAGCCAGUGGAACUUUGUGUCUUCCAAAUGGAGGAACUGAUCCGGCAGAAGUUCGAGGUGGCAUUCGUCAAAAGGAGCACCAAUUCGUUCAAGUGAAGAACAAGUCUCAUAAAGUCUUGUUCUCUGAAGAGUUUAUAAAAAAACCUCUUGAUUUUGCUUCCCAAGGUAAACCUGAUAUCGACCUGCAAGAGCCGCACCAUUUUAGUUCCGGUGUCGAUAUUAAAAGGCAAAGUGAAGAAUGUGUUGAGCAAAAAUUGAAAAAUGAAAGCACAUCCAAAGCUGAGUUAAUUGAGCUAAGCGAUGAUGAUGAAGAUGUACAUGAUGAAGUUAAAGCACCUGCAUCUGAAGACCCAGAUUCUGCACUAUGGCAUUGUAUGAGUCCUCUUGGUGAAACAAGAGGCCCCUAUAAAAUGUCAUUGUUAAGGCAGUGGAACAAUUCAAGUUGCCGUCCAUUGAAAUUCAAGGUUUGGAAGGAGGGUCAAAGCGAGGAAGAGGCAGUGUUUCUUGAUGAUGCCGUUCGUCAAAGUCUUCCCAAUACGUAGAUGUACAGUUGAAAGGCGAUGGGGUGCCAAGUGAUUUUCCAGAGGCUAAUAGGUACGAGUUUUUUUAAGAAAUAGAAGAAAACUUUCUUGUGAAUUAAACUUUCAGCCUUUAGGGAUGAUUAAGCAGACAUGAUAGGGGGGCAAUGUAAGUACCAAAAGCAAAAGUUGGGUAUAUUAUGAAAUGAAAGGAGUAAAAUUAGGAAGAAGGCGAUCAAGUGACAAUUAACCUUGCAGCUUGUUUUGGUUCUAAAAGAAAAGUUACUAAUAUCCGUACAUCAGUUAAAGUUGCA